AUGGACCUAUCGCAUAUUAUGUCACCACCAAUGGCACUCUUCUCACCAGUCAUCCGUUCGGAUUUCAACCUCUAUGAAAGAAAGAAGCCGCAGCCAAGACAAAGAACCAGAACCAAUACCGUACAGCUUGCACCAAAAAUUGCGCCAGGAAAAGAAGGAACUUCGCUCGAUUCCCUUCUUGACAAACACCAAAGAAUGCUAAUGCUACGUAAUCGCAGACAAGAGUCAAGAUGCAAACGCCGCAGUUACACGUACUUGGCCUCCCGAUGCCCCGCAAUCACCGAAACCGACGAGGAGGAGAACGAGGAGGACGCUGAUCUUGUCAUGGCGCAAGAAUUUACAACCAAUGCAAAUCAAGCAGCCGUCAUCGCCCCAAUCACGACCAUCCAUGAAGAGGAAGAAUACCCAAAUGUUGCACCGUCGAUUGUGGCAUCAGAUACAACGUCAUCGUCAUCCAGGUCGAAAAAGAAGAGUGUGCUUACUUUCAUCAACGAAUGGGUCAGAAGUCGUUCUUUCAGAAAGCAGAAGAAUGCGUCGGAGAAGGGAAACGGACAUUUCUAA